AUGGCUGGCCCUGGGGCUUACGAAUCGAGGAUCACAAUUUAUGUGGUUCUGUGUUGGAUUUUUGCAGCCUUUGGAGGCCUCAUGUUUGGGUAUGACAUUGGAAUUUCAGGAGGAGUGACGUCCAUGGAUGACUUCUUGAUUAAGUUCUUUCCCGCUGUCUACGAACGAAAACUUCAUGCGAAGGAAAACAACUACUGCAAAUACGACAAUCAGUUUCUUCAGCUGUUCACAUCUUCAUUGUACCUGGCGGCACUCGUGUCCAGCUUUGUUGCGUCCAAGGUCUGCUCUGUGUUUGGACGAAAGCCCACAAUUAUGAUCGCAUCUGGCUUUUUCAUCAUCGGAGCCCUCUUGAGUGGGUUGUCUCAGCAUCUCUAUGUCCUAAUUCUUGGCAGAAUUUUCUUUGGCAUUGGCAUUGGCUUUGGCAAUGAGGCUGUUCCUUUGUUCUUGUCAGAAAUUGCCCCAGUCCAGCACAGGGGAGCUGUCAACAUUCUCUUCCAACUCUUCGUGACAAUCGGAAUUUUGGUUGCAAAUCUCGUCAACUAUGCGGUAUCCACCGUCCACCCAUACGGAUGGAGAUUGGCGUUAGGACUUGCGGGCGUUCCGGCCGCCGGCCUCUUCUUCGGCUCCACGAUCAUCACCGAGACGCCGACCAGCCUCGUGGAGCAUGGGAAGAGCGAGAGAGGCAAGAAGACUCUGGCAAAGAUCAGGGGAACAAAAAAUGUUGACGCAGAGUUUGAAGAAAUCCAAAUGGCUUGCGACCUGGCGGGGCAAGUGAAGCACCCAUUCAGGACGCUGAUGAAGAAAUCGAGCAUGCCACCGCUCAUAAUCGGCAUAAUGAUGCAAGUGUUUCAACAGUUCACGGGGAUUAACGCUAUAAUGUUCUACUCCCCUGUUUUGUUCCAAACGGUUGGGUUCAAGAGCGACGCCUCCCUGCUUUCCGCGGUCAUCACUGGGUCCGUGAACGUGCUCAGCACCUUGGUCUCCGUCUACGCAGUUGACAAGGUUGGCAGAAGGAAAUUGUUGCUCCAAGCUUGCGUCCAAAUGUUCAUAAGCCAGAUGGCUAUUGGGGGGAUUCUACUGGCAAAGUUGAGCGAGACGAACUCUCUGAAUAAAGGGCAGGCAAUAGUAGUGGUCUUGCUGGUGUGCACGUUUGUGAUGUCCUUUGCGUGGUCGUGGGGGCCUCUGGGUUGGUUGAUUCCGAGCGAAACCUUCCCGCUGGAGACCAGAACCGCCGGGUUUGCCUUUGCUGUCAGCUCCAACAUGUUGUUCACCUUCCUGAUAGCUCAGGUAUUCCUGUCGAUGCUGUGUCACAUGCGCGCCUUCAUCUUCUUCUUCUUCUCCGCCUGGAUCUUCUUCAUGGGGCUGUUCGUGCUGUUCCUUCUGCCCGAAACCAAGAACGUGCCCAUCGACGCCAUGGUGGAGAGGGUGUGGAAGCCACACCCUGUUUGGAGGAGAUUCAUGGAUGAUGACAGCGGAUCGAAAAACAAAAACAUGGAGAUGAUAUAGAUAUAGAUAUACAUGAACCUGGAUGACAGCGGAUCGGAAAACAAAAAGAUGGAGAUGAUAUAGAUAUAGAUAUACAUAAACCUGGAUGACAGCGGAUCGGAAAACAAAAACAUGGAGAUGAUAUAGAUAUAGAUAUAGGCAUACAUAAACCCCGCAAAUGCAUGCAGGAUGGAGAGAGUGAUAAUGCGUUUUGUUCUAUUUAGACUUUGGUUUGCUUCUUUAAUUUAAUCGGGAUAUUAUUAUUAUUAUUAUUAUUAUUAUCCUUGCAAAUGUUAUUUGCUAUUACGAUUUUAUAAAUGUGAUUUUCAUUUUGAAGGUUUCCUUAGGAUUUUCAAAUACUAUGCAAGGCCUAAGGGGCUUGGGUUGGCCUUUCAAAAUUUGGAGUCUAAAUUUUGUGUU